AGAGGUGUCGAUGUUGGAGCACUCUGUUGACCGGGGGAGAAGGUGACUUACGGGGUAGCUCAGUCGUAUCGUCCAAUUUAUAACCUAGAUGUUUUAAAAAAAAGAAGUCAUUUUUCGACAAGUCAACCACCAUGUCUUCUUUUGGAAGGAUACUGGGGGUCUUUCGGGGGAGCACCCAGCUCCUUCGACGCGGCCCACAAAGAAUAAUGACCAGAAAGGCCAGCGGCGGGCCGCACAUCGAGCCGCAAUACAGACAACAUCCUCAGAUCACCAAGAAACAGACGUUUGAGGCGGAGCUAAUAGGCGGUGCGAUGUGGUUCUGGAUCCUGUGGCACUGUUGGCACGACCCCGAUGCAGUGAUGGGUCACUUUCCAUGGCCCGAUGCGUCUGCUUGGACUGACGAGGAGCUAGGAAUCCCAGCAGAUGACGAGGAAUAAGGUGAAUGCUGCACCGAUUCCCCAAAUGGCCCCUUUCCAAAUCAUCUGGAUUGAACCUACAGGUCAUGGUUGUACAUUUACAAAUAAAAUAUCUUCUAAAUGCA